AUGUCUCUUCCCAGUCAGGUGCCAACUGCUCCCGAAACCCGCCCUGCCACUCCUGUCUCCCAGGUCGAGGCGCAGGACGAAGGUUUGUGGAUGAAAGGGAUGAUAAAAUCCGAUGGCAAGAAAGAACCUUCUGGAAGUGUUCUUUCAACUCCACUCCAUCGUGGUCAUGGCAUUUCCUCUAAUGAACCGUCGGUCGCAGCUCCCUCGGAUGUUACGAAAGCUCCUUUUCACAAAAUAUCGAGGCCCGAAAUCUUCGAGGAAGCCCCUGCUGAGUUGGCAUCUAGUAUUCAUGAACUCGACAUUGGCAGUGGACAGAUCUAUAAACCCCAUACUGAUGCCAACCCCGAUCUGGGAGACUUGAUUCCUGGACAGAGCAGUGGGCCGUACUCUAACACGUCCACAUCUCCAUUGGGAAUUUGGGACACUAGCAAGGACGUACCCGCAAGUUCUCUCCUUGAGAUGUGGACUGAGGAAGAUCUGCUGAAGUUUGGAAUUCACGAGGGCAUGGACGUAAACCACGGCCUUCCGCCUUUCGACGAGAAUGUUCGUGAAUAUCACACAGAAAAAACAGCAUCUAAUAAGGGAAAGUCUGAUGAUGGUAUCCACGACUCUUCUACCCCCAAGCCUAGUGCAUCAUCAGUUGCUUUAGGCAACCGAACCGAGAGCUACGGGGGCAUAAACGUGACAUUUGGCCUUCCUCCAUGGAUCGAAACUAAGUUCAGCGAGACAGGAGAAACGUUAGAAAAAAACAGCAAUCAGUACCAUCUUGGCGCACCAUUCGUCCAAGUUUCUGGCCUUUAUCCAACUCCACCACGCAAAGAUACGGAUUGCAAAGCUUUGCGGUCUGUCUCGUUGAGUGCUGUUGGUACCCCCACGGUGGCAGAAUCCCGCACUCUACCUCUUGCAGAGACCAAAGAUACUGCAGCAACUGGGGACACUGACAUCAACUCCCCCUGCUCUCGCAAGAUUCCUAGCGCCUCUGAACGGCCGGAGUCUCCAUUUGCGCUGCGGGAUGUAUCGGUGAUUCCUUGGACUGACUGUUACCCCGACGAUCCCGAUAAGGCUAGAGAACUUGCAACAAGUACCGGUGUUCCUGGACUCCAAAUCUAUUCUGUGGAUAUUUUUACACAUGCUACUUCAGACACGCAAGUUCUCGAUGAAGUCGAUGCUACUCAAGAUAGUGACAACUUCAGGGUCGAAAUGGGAAAACAAAUUUCCCCUGAACGUCCGUCGGUCCCUGGGACCAAGAAGCCUUAUGACAAGUUUGAGACCAAAAGUUCUGCUGAGACUUGGGACACUGACGUGGACUUCGACUUGAAUGAAGGCUCUCGCAAGAUGACUGAGGAAGACUUACGCAGGCUAGAUCUUCAAAGCUGGUGGAAGGAGGAUCUUAGCGACGUAACAACUGGUCUCCCCCUGAUAAGCAAGGAGGAUUUGCCUGGACUGGAAAAUGUGUGUAAGGAGAGCUUAUUCUCGGUUGGCGGUCCCGCCGCCGAGGACUCUGGAGAAAAUGUGGCGGAGAAGAAGACUGGAAUUGACAGAGGACACCGAAGGCCUCCCACUGCUAAUGCUUCGAGCUUUCUAGAAAUGAAAGUCGACCCCUCCAUCGAUGUUUUCGGCACCACGAACCGGCAAGAAAGUCCUGGAUAUACUCUUCCAAGCGUGUCUUCAGACUGGCAACCUCCGAAAGCCACCCAGGAAUCUCAACACAAUGAUUCCGUAAGGGCAUCGAGCGUGACCGACUCGGAGGGUGCUGAUGGGUCUGGUUGGGUAAAAGUGGAAAUAGAGACAGGGAAUCUGGGCCAAACGGACAAUGUAUAA